AUGAAUGAUCCUGGUCUUGACCCCUCUAUUGCCGAUGCGGCCAGUGAGGCCGACAGAAAUGAGUCAAGCGACCCUUCGAAUCCUGAAGCCGACGAAUCUGAAACAUAUCUGCAUUGGGCUGCGGAGGAUAGGGAGCUGGCUCAAUUCCUGCAACCGGCAAGAUGGUGGAUCGCGAGUACAGAAAUACCGUUGCUGGCGACUUGGAGGAUGGUUGUUCCUCCAGGCCUGGGACCCGACCAAGGAAGAGAUAUCAGCGAUCCAAGUUGGGUCAUUGCUGUCAAUGCUGUCUCCCUUGCGUGCGCCUUGAUCGCGAAUCUGUGCUUGCUGGUAACGAUGGCGCGGCGCCUCGCAUUUUCCAUCGCGCAGCCCAUUGUCAUCGUGGGAUGGUACAUCUCUUCGCUGCUCCUAAUCUGUAUACUUGCAAUCGUCUCUCAUGACGUCCACUCGUCGGCAAACGUCAACCGGCAGCUGACGCAGGGGUAUUACUAUGGCGCAAUUGCAGCCGCUCUAUAUUUUAUUCUUUCUUCGGUUCUGACCUUCACACUUUACGGAGCAUAUAAGGGACACUACGAGCGGGAGUUCAGACUGACGAAAAGUCAAAGGACGCUAAUGGUGCAAACGAUUGGUUUCUUGGUCUAUAUGCUGUUGGGAUCGGCGGUCUACUCGCAUAUAGAAGGUUGGAGAUACACAGAUGCCGUGUACUGGACUGACUUUACCCUACUCACUAUCGGCCUGGGCCAACCGGCACCACGGACCCAUUUGGGACGUGGUUUGUUAUUUCCGUAUGCAUUCGGAGGGAUUGUUAUCAUUGGUAUCGUGAUUGGCUCUGUUCGGGCACUAGUGCUGGAAAGAAGCAAGAAUAAGAUGAGCAACCGUUUGAUUGAAAAGACUCGCAGGUUUCUUGCGAAGAGGAUGACAUCGACCGACAAAAGAAGCAUCUUCAAUAUCGUUCCGAGUCCGGCAGACCCAGACCUGGAUGAGCAGGAGCGGCGGAGACGUGAGUUCCACGCCAUGCGCAAGGUGCGUCAAAUUGCCGACACAGAACAUCGAUGGCUGUCCUUACUUGCCUCAACAAUAGCUGUUCUCACUCUCUGGUGUAUUGGAGCGGUGAUCUUCUGGCGCGCCGAGGGGACCCAGAGAUGGUCAUACUUCCAAGCCUUGUACUUCUCCUACACGAGUCUUCUGACCAUCGGAUAUGGGGAUUUCUAUCCCAUGAGUAACUGGGGCAGGUCCUUUUUCGUCUUCUGGUCUCUGUCGGCAGUGCCCACCAUGACCAUCUUUAUUUCGAACCUCGGCGAUACUUUUGUCAAAAAGUUCAAAGACUUCGCAAACUUGCUUGGUGAAUUGACCAUUUUGCCGGGAGAGGACGGCUUGCGGGAACGGUUGAAGGGAAUGCUUCGCACGUCCUGGACCUCGAACCUGUUUGACACUAAGAAAGAAGAGGAGGAGGAGGAGCCUGAAACGCGUGAGGACCCUCACAUUGAGCGAGCAGAGCAAGCGUUAGAACAGGAGCAGCUCCGGGAGCAAGAAGAGGCGCACGAGCGAGGCGAUAUCGUUGCCGAAAAUAUCCACCAUUACCAGUAUCUGCUCGUACGGGAGCUGCGAAAGAUGUUCAAAUAUAUCAACACCACGCCGCCCAAACAGUUUGACUACGAGGAAUGGGCGUAUUACCUCAAACUGUUGGGCGAAGACGAGUCUGUUUCGGAGAGGCAUCGAACUCCCGGAGUGGACGACGUUGUGCCCGCAGCGCUGCCAGAAGAUGUCCAGAAUGAUGUCCAGGAGAGAGCUGGAAAACGAGGCCGAUGGAGCUGGAUUGGCCACCGGAGUCCACUGCUAGGAGACAGGGAAGAAGCAGAGUGGCUUUUGGACGCACUGGCGUACAAGUUGGAGACAGAGCUGAAGAGGCUGAGUGAGGAAUACAAGCGCAAUCAGCAACAGUCUGAGCAGCAAAAAGCGGAUCAGCAAAAAUCGGAUGACUCGGGAGAUUCACAGAAGACCAGCGAGGAUUCUCAGUGA